UUAGGAAUCCCAAGCGAAGGGCGGAUCGGAUAUUCUGAAUCUGGAGGAACUUCUUAAUAUGGCAUUUUGUCGUUUUGGCCCCUCUCUCGUUCGUUUUCCGGCAGCCGCUCUCCUCCCCCCCCAAAAUCGAAAACGAACCUCAACCCUAGAAUCUCGAUCGAACGAUCCCAUCCCCAAUCUUCAGUCUUUCUCUUCAUCCCUUCUUCUCCAAUCAGUUCCAGUUGGAGCACCAAGUUCUGGCUAGAUGGGAUUGGGAUUUACAGUCGGCGUUAUCGGAGUUCUGAUUCUGGGCCACGCCGCCUAUUCAACGAUUCAGUAUAGGAGCCUGCUGAAGAUUAUGGAGGAGGAAUUCUCUGGGCCUCCAUUGGAUGUGGUGCUGGAGUUGCUUGUAGGGCUAUUGUGCUGUAUGUGGGCAGCUUUAACUGUGCCGGGGAAGUUCCUGUCUGUACAUCCCCAUUCUGACGAGAACAGGGUUGUUUCUUUGCCUGAGAACGUGGAUUUCAUGAUCUUCAACCACAGGGGCAGGGCAUUCUCUUCUGAAAUCGACUUGAAACUCAAACACUAGCUCUCUUUCUGUGUUAAAGGAACGGAUCAUAAUCUGUUUUCACAUCCAUCCCGAGGAAAGUGGUAUCUCUCCAUUGUUGAAACCUCCGCAAGACUUAGAAGCUACUAUUUGUGAGUACUCAUAAAUGCGGCUACAAUAUGGAGUUGUUUGUUCACGAUAGCAUCAUCCUUUUUGGCUAUUCCUCACUACUGAAGGUUUACUUAAUUAGUGUUUCUUUGUUUGUCAUGUUUUUGGCAUUUUGCUACAACACCUUAGGAACUGCCCCUUCAAUGGCUGAUUACGAGUCUCAGUGUACACGCUCCUAACUUGAAUUCUAAUCCCCUGCAAUAUAUGCAAAACCCCUGUUUACAGCAAACUACACAGACGCAAGUUGAUAAGGAAAAGGUGUUGUGUAUUAUUACUCA